GGAAAUAGGAUCUUCCUAUCCUGUAGUUCGAAAUCGUUGGCGGUUGCGUGGAACGUCUUAAGGAGUUGUCUCUAUUUCGGACGGUUUUCCGUUGCUUCUUUGUUGGACGUCCGGAGAAGGCCAGGCAGGCGGGGAACGCGAGCGGGGUCGGAGGGUUAGUCAGGGGUUAGUAGUAAGCACUGAGCGGGGCUGGCCCCGACCUUAGUUCGCUAUUUCCUGGAGGGAAGGGAGAGAUUUGGGUGCUCUCCCGGGGAAGUUGAGCCCUUUCAGUGCGGCUGGAGGGUACUCUAUACCCCGUGACGGGCCUAUCCAUUUUCCUAGAAUCAGCUAGAAAGAACUGUUAACUACUCCAACCCAAGCUACUGAGGGCCGGCAGGGAUUUUGAUUUGACCAACAUCACAACAGGGAGCAAAGAGCAGAACUGAAAUUUGAACCCGUUAUCUCCGACCCAAAAUGUGGUGUUCUUUCCCACUAGAUGACCUAGAAAGAAAUGUGGAAUUCCGGCAGUAGCCAUAAUUCGUUAUGAGGUAGGCACUGUGCUUAGUUUUGGGGGUACAGAUGCCUAGAGUCCCUGCCCUCAAGAAGCUUUACCUCCUAAUAACACGUAAAAGAACUGUGCAUCCUAAGUAUAGGCGGAGUGGAGGGAAGGAAAUAGGAUGCGGGUUGGGCACUGAACCUGGAAAGGCCUGCGGACAAUGGGACUGGAACUAAAUCUUGGAGUAAGCUAAGAAAUGAGGGGACAGUAUUCCAGGCUUGGGGAUUUCCAAUGCAAAGAGAGGUGGGCAAAGCUGCUUUAGGUGUGGAAGAAGAGCACAAGUUGCAAGACUUGGAAAAAGCAGGAAGGGGCCGAGUGGGGAAAGGUUGUAAUGCCCUGUAUAAUAUGUACAGUUCUAUUAAUCUCUUCUAAAAAGAAACUCAAAAUUUUGAGUCACUCUUGAAAUACGCUUUAGUCCUUGCAAUACUUUAGAAAGCUUCAGAUUCCAUUCUGGGGAUAUAGCUCUUAAGAGUUAAAAUUAUAUUUAUAGCAUUUCUUACCGUGUAUCUGAUUUCUGUUUUAUUUAUUAAUGAAGAGACUUUUUUUCCUGAUAGUGAACACAAUGUUUUUUGUUGUUUAUAUUCAGGGUAUGAGUUUCUUUUAAAAGUCAGAUGGCUUUUAUGUUUUACACAUGUCUUUAAAUGGCACAUCAGAAUCUCUGGCUCGUUUACAAAUGUAUAACGUUUACAAGUUAUAAAAUUAAAAAAAAUUUAUGGGUAGUUCUUUACUUCUUUUGCCAGAGUCUAUUUUCAACCUUCUAUAUCUUGAGCUCCACUUUGUUUAGGAUUAAAAAGACUGUCUUCAUCUCUACUGUAGGCAAGCACCUAAGAUAACUUCAUCAAGCAAGGAUUUCAUUUUUAAAAAUAUGUAUUUUUAACUCUUUACAUUUUGAAAUUUAGGAACAAGGAAUUAGUACAUGUAGGCUGGAAGUGAGAUAACCUAAAUCAAAUUCAAUUAGAAUGAUUUAAAUUGUAGUUAUUUUAGCCUAUUGGAAGUAUACAGUGUAAAUUCAAGUUGCAUCAGGGAAUUAUUCACACCAAUUUGGACCUAUUUCAUAUUAUUAUCAUUAUAAUAGUCUCACCUUCAUUUAGUAAAUAAGGAGCCAUCCAAAGUUGCACUUAGUAAGGGUAGAAUUAAUUUAAUAGCUAGAUAGCCCCUGAUUCCUCUUAAGUUAUAGGCAAAUCUCCUAUUUAGAUUAGAUUUAGAUUUUCUGUAAUAGACCGAGAAGGAUAAAAAAAAAAAAUCUAGUAAAUAUGGCAUUAAAAUAAAAAAAUUUAGUAUUUGGUACAUGGGAAGAAUAAUAGAAAAUAUUGUAUACAAAGUAGGGCUUUAAGCAUGCAAAGAAAAUAUGCUUAUUUAUUUCAUUGAAAGUCGUACAAAUGAAAAAAAAAUUGUUUUGAAUAUAAUUGGGGGAAAAUGUUAAGUAAAUAAAAAUAAAUUAAAAAAAAAAAAAAAAAGACAGUUGUAAAUGGGUAGUAGCUCCGAAUUUUCCCUUUUCCUUAAAAGAAAAACUCAACCUCAUGAGAUGCCAUCAUGGCUAUUUAGGUUUUGAGUGAAAAGUAAUGUUGAGCUAGAGCAAAGUUUUUUUGUAACUUUUGUCUUUUCUACGAGAUAACGAGUUUAAAUUUUAUUUCUUGGAAAAGUUUUAAGCUUCUGUUACUUUUUGAACUCAAUAGCUAUUCUCUACAUAGGCUUCUAAAAGUUAAUGCAAGUUACAUAGGAAAAGGAGAUCAUUCUGAUUUUAUGAUGAUUUAGUACUUGUAAACCGAUAAACUGUAGAGUGAACAGAAAUUACUUAACGUUUGACACUUUGUUUCUAAUAUUUUUUGGUUAGUGUGAAGUUGAAGGUUAAGAUAGCAAUCAAAAAGAUUUGACAGUUUUGUCAUUUAUAUACAGUCUUAUAAGAUUGAAAAUUACUAACCUUACAUUUUUCCAAGUCUAUCUCAUAUGAGAUUCUCUCAACAUGACUUAAUGUUUCUUUCUCCUUCUUUAUUAAAUCUUGAAUUUUGUUUUUUAAUAAGGAAAGAAAUUUUUUUUAAUGGUAGAUUAGUCUUAUAUUUUGAGACUUAUAUCCCAAAGUCCAGAGGCAAGGACUUUAGGGGAAGGAAUUAGGGGAAUGGCUGGGGCGCCAGAUAGUUUUUAUUUGUAGGUGCUCAAAAUGAUAGAUUUACCUGUGAAACAUUUUGAGGACUGCACUAUAUCGAAUGUGGUUAUUCGGGAUGUCAUUUCUUGUUCUUCAAAAAUACAUAAUUUGAAAAUUCUUAGGGGACUGGUGUUUUCCUGUUGGACAUGUUGCUUGGCGUUGACCCCUUAAGUUUUUUGUGUCACUAGCCCCUUUUGAACUUAUAAAACUCUUGGAGAAAGACCAAUUUGCCUUUGAGAAAAGCCUUAUUAUUAGGUUUUGGCAAUGUGAACAAAGGAAACCACAAAAACUCGUUUUUGAUGUAGAAUUAAGCAAAUAAAAGUUGAUUGGAAGCUGAAAACUAGGAAGUUAUUCUUGUGUUAGUAUUGCUUCAUUUGGCCAGGAGGGGGAGAAAUAAGAGAGUAGCUGAUAAAGUUUUAGGAAAUAAUUUAAAUAAAAGCAACAAACCAGCACAAAUCCAAGGGAGAUUAGACUGAACUUAACAAAAUUGAUAAAAGUUUUUAUGUCCAGUAAAUUGUUUUAUUCUUUCCAGGACUUUUCACUUCUAGCCAACAGAGGAAAUAACUGCUGUCUGGGGGCUUAUUCUCAGAUAAUGAGUUCAUCUGCUACUUGGAUGUAGUGCAUUCAUUCAGCAGCUAUUAAUUGGAAUGAAGGGUCCUCGAACUAUGGCCCGCUGAGGACAUUUAUGCAGCCCGCCGGGUUAUGGCAAAAUCAGACCGGAAGUGACAUUCGAACUAAACUCACCUUAGCAACGCACACUUCCGGCACUGGGCUGAGGCAGCGGAGACAGAGUGUGAGGCGAUACUGAGGUGAGGAAAUAAUGAUGUCAAGAAAAAGAAAAAUUGACUCGGAGUGUAGGAUAUUCAAAGAACAGUGGACUUAUAAUUACUUUUUCAUGCAGCACAAGGAAAGAGCUGUAUGUCUGAUAUGCCAGAAUAUUGUGUCUGUGUUCAAAGAAUAUAAUUUGCGUCGACACUAUGAAACUCAACAUAAAGAUAAAUAUGAUUGUUUGGUUGGAGAAGUGAGAAAAGAUAAAAUAUUAAAACUGAAAAAUACAUUGACAAUUCAUCAAAAUACUUUUGUGAAGCAGAAGCAGAAGCAGAAGCAGGUAAAUAUUUCAUCACUGCGAGCAAGUUUUCAAGUUGCCAAACUAAUAGCACGCACUGGCAGACCAUUCGUGGAGGGAGAAUUUGUUAAAGAAUGCCUUCUUUCUGUUGCCAAAGAGAUGUGUCCAGAGAAGGCCGAUUUAUUUAGUACAGUGAGUCUUUCAGGCCCUACAAUUACACGGAGGAUUAAAGAAAUGGGAGACAAUCUGCAUCAGCAUUUGCAAAACUCCUUAAAAAAAAUUUCAUAUUUUUCCUUGGCACUCAACGAAAUCAAUGAUGUUCGUGAUUCUGCACAACUUCUAAUUUUUAUUCGUGGGGCUAAUGAUUAUUUUGAAGUCAUAGAAGAGCUUGCUGCACUGCAAAGCAUCAAAGGAGCAACUACAGGAGAGGAUAUCUAUGAAAAGGUUUGCCAAACUAUGAAUGGUUUGGAGCUGGACUGGGCUAAACUAGUCAGUGUGACAACUGAUGGUGCGCCUAGCAUGGUGGGAUCUAAGAAAGGAGUAAUUACUUGCAUUAACCAAGAGAUGGACAAACAUAACCAUUCUCAUCCAAUAGCCAUACACGGCCUCAUCCACCAACAAGCACUGUGUAGUAAAUCACUGAAGUGGGACUCUGUUAUGAAAAUUGUGGUAUCUUGUGUUAACUUCAUGAGAGCUAAUGCACUAAAUCACAGACAAUUUCAGCAAUUUCUGUCUGAACUUAAUGUUGAAUAUGGAGAUGUUCACACAGAAGUCCAUUGGCUGAGUCGAGGGAGAGUUUUGAAACGUUUCUAUGACUUACUUCCACAGAUUACAACUUUUCUGCUUUCAAAAAACAAAGAAGUACCAGAGCUCAGUGAUGCAGAAUGGAAAUGGCACCUCGCCUUUCUGACAGAUGUAACAGAGCUACUCAACAAUUUCAAUAUGCAACUUCAAGAAAAGGGGAAGCUCAUCUGUGAUAUGCAAUCACAUGUCAAAGCAUUUGAAGUAAAAUUAGGCCUCCUCAUCAAACAAGUGAAGGAGGAAAACUUCUGCCAUCUCCCCACAACUCAAAAUCUGUUAGCGGAAAAACCACUGAUUGCAUUCCCAAACAAAACAUGUGUGGAUUCUUUGGAAAAAUUGCGAAAUGAGUUGCAGUUUAGAUUUAAAGAGCUUCAUCUCCAUGAACAGGAUAUGCAGCUUUUCCGUAACCCAUUUUCUGUUGACAUUGAAAAUGUGGAUACAAUUUACCAAAUGGAAUUGGCUGAACUGCAGAAUUGUGACUCUCUGAAAGACGCAUUCAAGUCAAGCAGCCUUCAUAAUUUCUAUGCAUCUCUCCCCUCUGAGACAUAUCCUCAUCUCAGGAAUCAUGCACUCAAAAUGACAACCAUCUUUGGCAGCACUUAUUUCUGUGAACAGACCUUUUCUAGAAUGAAACAUUUGAAAUCUCCAACCAGAUCAAGACUAACGGAUGCACACUUGCAUCACUUGUUACGACUAGCUGUGACAAAUAUGGAACCAGACAUUGACCAUCUCAUUAGUCAAAAGCAGGCCCAUAGUUCCCAUUGAAAUAUUGGCUCAUGUAAAGGUGAUUGGGUGAGACUUCUUGAAGGAAACCAGCAAUGUGAACUGUAUUGAAAGAAUGGACCAGGCUUAUUUCUUAAUAUUUGGUAGAAAGGAUAUGUGGAAACAGUAAUUAAUAUGCCUUACUGAUGAAGAAAAGAAAGGUGUGCAUUUUUCUUUUUCAAGUAUCAUUACCUUAAGACAAAUAAAAUUUUAUUUAAAAUCUUAGCAUCUGGCUUCGUCUGUCUUAGGAAGUCAUAGAAUUUUGAGCAGUGUCAAGAAAUACUGUACUUCACUAUAUUUGCUUAACAUUUUUUGUUCUGGAAAUAAACCCACCAAAUUGGUAAUUCAUGAAUUAAUGUUAGAUUAGAAGCUACUGUUUUUCCAGUAGAUGAGACUUUUCAAAACAUAAAGUUGUUUUAUUCUUUUUUGUCAUAUUCAGUGAUUGCUGAAAAUGACGGGAAAUUUUAAGUGAGGCAUAUAUUGAAUAUGAUAAAGAUUUGAUGAUGAGAUUAGAACAUAAACUGAGAUGCAUAACAUUCAUUUGGCUACAGUAUAAUCAUUCUAGUUUCAUUAAUGCAGGACAAUUUUAUAAUUUAGUUCAUAUAACAGUUUUAUAACUAAUAUACAUGCAUAGCUUAAAGGUUGACUGCCAAGUUUUUAAAUUUACCAUUGGAAACUGAAACAAUAAGUAGAAAUAAAGCUGCUUAAAAUAGCAUUUAUUGACAAAUGAAUCUCACUACAAUGGAGUAGUAGAUCAGUGAUUUCCAAAGCAGUCACACACCCUUAUGCAGAGGCAGACAACAUUAAGCUUUUCAUAAAUGACCAAUUUAUAUGCUGUUAACAAGUUUCUGUUGCAUUUUGAUUCCCCUCAAUCUUCCUUUUGCCAGAAAUUCCUAUCUCUUAACUAUUGGUUCCCCAUUAACUGACCUGAAAAGAGCUAUACUCAGUUCUCAGAAAAGACAUCAAUUCUAAUGUAUUCUUUGUUGUUUUUGUUCCAUGGUGUCUGACUCUUUGACCUCGGUGGGACCUUUCUUGGCAGACAUACUGAAAUGGUUUGCCAUUUUCUCCUCCAGCUCGUUUUACAAAUGAGAAACCUGAGGCAAAUAGGCCUAAGGGAUUGCACAGGAUCUGAGGCCAGAUUUAAAUUCAGGAAGAUGAGAUUUGAACUCAGUCUUUCUGACUCCAAGCCCAUCAUUCUAUCCACAAAGCCAACUAAUGGCCCCUAUGAACUUUCUCUCAUUCACCAGAUGUUGAACAGCUACUGCAUAUAUGAUAUUGUGUUAGAGAAGUUUAUCAUGGGCCAAUCCACCUGACUUGUUUGAUGAGGAGGAAAAAAGCUCAAAAAUAACAAUAUAGUCUACGUAGAAAUGUCUCAGAGAAGAGAUCAAGGACUGAGGUAACCAGGAAAGGCUUUAUGCAAACCAUUUCAGCAGGAUCUUGAAAAUAUCUGACAGAGAUAGAGCAGGAAAUAGAAAAAUGUUUUGAGUAGAUUGUUAGUCAAAGCUACUGUGUAAAUGAGAAAAGGCAGAUCUAAUUUGUCUUGGUCUUUUUAAGAAAGAGAGAUAAUUUUUUCCCCAGUUACAUGUAAAACAACAUUUUUUUUUUUUUAGUUAUACCUAUACAUUUUUUUAUUUCCACAUGAAUCAUAUUGGGAGAGAAAAAUCAGGGAAAAACAAAAGGAAAAAAGUGAACAUAGCAUGUGUUGAUUUACAUUCACUCUCCUGGAUGCAGACGGCAUUUUCUAUUCAAAGUGUAUUGAGAUUGCCUUAGAUCACCGAAAUCUGACAUGAACCAAAUCUAUGAUCAUCGUAAUCUUGUUCCUAUGUAUAUGUUUUCCUGAUUUUACUUGUUUUACUCAGUAUCAGUUCAUGUAGGUCUUUUCCAGGUCUUUCUAAAAUCGACCUAUUUAGCAUUUUUUAUCGAACAAUAAUAUUACAUUAAUUUCAUAAACUAAAACUUAAUUCAGUCAUUCCCCAAACUGAUGGGUAUCUACUCCUUUUCCAAUUCUUUGCUGUCCACUGCUGCAAACAUUUUUGUACAUGUAGUUCCUUUUCCCUCUUUUAUGAUUUCUUUGGGAUAUAGAGCCAGUUAUGACACUGCUGAAUCAAAGAGUCUUCAGUUUGAUAGUCCUUUGGGCAUAGUUCCAAAUUACUUUCCAGAACUGAGAAUUCCAACUCCACCAACAAUGCAUUAGUGUCCCAGUUUCCCACAUCCUCUGCAACAUUUAUUAUUUUCUUCUCAUCUUAGCCAAUCUGAUAGGUGUGACAAGAGUACCUCAGAGUUGUUUUAAUUGUAUUUCUCUAAUAGUGAUUUAGAGCAUUUUUUCAUGUGACUAUAAAGGGUUUUCAUUUCUUCAUCUGAAAAUUGUUCAUAUUCUUUGAUCAUUUGGUGGUAAUUGGGAAAUGACUCAGUUCUUUAUAUAAAUGAGACCUUUUAUCAAAAAUACUGACUAAAAAAAUUUCUCCUUCCUGUCUCCCUUCUCAUCUUGGCUGCAUUGGUUUUGUUUGUGCAAAAACUUUUUAAUGUAAUUAAAGUUAUCCAUUUUGCAUUUUA